AUGCUCGACGUGGAGGACAAAUCCCUCCUCACUCUGCGUGGCAAUCGGAUGAUGCGGGAGCGCGCAACCUGUUCCGGCUGCGGCAAGCACUCCGGCCUCGACGACCUCGUCCACAAUGCUCUGUAUGCCGGCAUCCACGGCAAGGCGUUCAUGUUGGACGUGCUGGUGCACGGACCCAAGGCCGAUAGUCCUGGGCAUGAGAUCACUUGCUCCGGCUGUGGAUUUGUCCAUGAUGGCUUGUUCUUGUGGAUUCCCUCUCUACCCUGGUGA